UAAUAGAGUCGAUACAUGUAAGCUUUGCGCUGACCCCGAUAAUCGUAGCACGCACGAAAGAUGGCCGAGUAUCUGGCGUCGAUUUUCGGCACAGAAAAAGAUAAAGUAAACUGUUCCUUUUACUUCAAGAUUGGAGCAUGUCGACAUGGAGAAAGAUGCUCGCGUCUCCAUAACAAACCCACAUUUAGUCAGACUGUACUGAUCCAGAACCUAUACCUGAAUCCACAGAAUGCUGCCUUGACAGCUGACGGCUCUCACAUCGCUAUGGACGAUGUGGAAGCACAACAGGACUUUGAUGAUUUUUUUGAGGAAGUAUUUUGUGAGUUAGAAGACAAGUAUGGUGAAAUUGAAGAAAUGAAUGUCUGUGACAACCUUGGAGAUCACUUGGUGGGGAAUGUCUAUGUAAAGUACCGUUAUGAAGAGGAUGCUGAGAAGAGCAUGAACGACUUAAACAACCGUUGGUUCAAUGGUAGACCUGUCCAUUCAGAAUUAUCCCCUGUCACUGACUUCCGUGAAGCCUGUUGCCGUCAAUAUGAAAUGGGAGAGUGUACCAGAGGGGGAUUCUGUAACUUCAUGCACUUGAAGCCAAUUUCAAGAGAACUUCGACGUGAAUUGUACGGCCGCAGUAGGAAGAAGAGAAGAUCAAGGUCCAGGUCUCCACCCACUCGAGGUCGUAGCAGGAGUCGGGAGAGGAAGAGGUCACGAAGUCGCGAGCGAAGGUCCUCAUCUCGUGGCCGUGAUCGCCGCAGCAGAAAGGAACGAGAUGGUCGUCAGGGACGAUACUAAACAUAGCAUCAAAAGUGACAAGAUGUCAAAAAAACUUUUUUACAUACUAAUGUUUUUAACUACAUGUAAUUGUCUUUUGAAUGAGAUUUGGUUCUGUGAAUUCAUACCCUCAGUUAUCAUAAAGGACCAUGUUCAGGAGUACACAAAAUUGGAGUUACACCCAAGCUUAUCAGAUUGGUGAUAGGUACAUGGGCUGAUAUUAAAGAGCGAUGGCCUUUCUGUCCACAGUUGUACUGAUCACCACAAAUCUCGAAAGUAACAUCAAAUCCUACAGAUUUUGCAUUUGUAAAUCAUACAUUAUUGUUGACAGCCCUGAUGUUUGAUGGAGUAAUAAGUUUAUAAGUCAUGUUCAAACACAAAUCUGAUCAAUUUAUUUUUGAGUUUACAAAACUACUCAUCGCUCAAAGUUAAAAAUGUGUUAAUAGAUCAGUUUGUUUCUUAUUUUCCACCCUUCAUAUUUCAAUAUCAUUCUCACCUGUUGUAAUGUUUUAUUUUAUCAUGGAUGGAAAUAAAAUUUAUUCAGCUACAAA